GCUCUCUCUGCCCCCAACCUUCUCGACGCUUCUCCUCAUCCCCCCUCCUCUCUCCGCUCCACCAAAGCCCUACCCUCGCGUCGUCUCGACUCCGAGGAGGAGGUAGGCGCGGGACCGCUGGGCGACCCGAUGCAGCACCACCAGAAGCAGGCCGCGGCCGCGCUGAUGCAGCAGGCGGCAGCGCUGCAGUCCAUGUACCCCAUGCCGCCCCUGCUGCCGGCGCACCACCCGCUCCUCGCCGCCGCACCGACCCAGCCGAUAGAGCCAAUCCUUACUGGAAAUCUGCCUCCUGGUUUUGAUACAAGUGCAUGCCGCAGUGUAUUUGUGGGCAAUGUUCAUGUCCAAGUGACAGAGGCACUUCUCCGAGAGGUUUUUCAGAGCGUUGGUUUGGUUGAAGGAUGCAAGCUUAUAAGAAAAGAAAAGUCAUCUUAUGGUUUUGUUGACUAUUAUGAACACAGAUCAGCUGCACUAGCAACUUUGACACUUAACGGGAGGCAAAUUUUUGGGCAGCCCAUCCGAGUUAAUUGGGCAUAUGCUAGUGGACAGAGGGAGGAUACAACAGACCAUUUCAACAUAUUUGUUGGGGACCUUAGCCCAGAGAUUACAGAUUCUGCAUUAUUUGCAUUCUUUUCAGGAUAUGCCAGCUGCUCUGAUGCUCGAGUAAUGUGGGAUCAAAAGACUGGAAGAUCAAGAGGUUAUGGCUUUGUUUCCUUCAGGGAUCAACAGGAUGCCCAGAGUGCCAUAAAUGACCUAAAUGGUCAAUGGCUUGGAAGCCGGCAGAUUCGCUGCAACUGGGCAACGAAGGGUGCCAACAAUGGCGAGGACAAGCAAACUUCUGAUUCGAAAAGUGUAGCUGAUCCGACUAACAACUUGACAGAAGAUGGGAAAGGGAAAGCAAAUGAAGAUGCCCCAGAGAACAAUCCAUUGUACAGAACUGUUUAUGUUGGAAAUCUUGCUCACGAGGUUACUCAAAAUGUGCUCCAUCAUCUUUUCCAUUCACUUGGUGCCGGAGCCAUUGAGGAGGUGCGUGUCCAGUAUAGCAAAGGGUUUGGUUUUGUCAGAUACAGCAACCAUGCAGAAGCUGCCCUUGCGAUUCAGAUGGGUAAUGGUCGUAUUGUAGGUGGAAAAGCAAUCAAGUGUUCCUGGGGCAACAAGCCAACUCCCCCUGGUGCUACCUCCGCACCUUUGCCCCCUCCUGCUGCUUCCAGUCUCACGGAUGCUGAUAUUAUCGCGUAUGGGCACGCUAUGGCCUUGAGCAGGAUGACUUCAAGCCAGGCACUGCUGCAGGCUCAGGCACAGCAUCUCAAGCAAGCAGCCAUGGGGAUGGGUGCCGAUGCAAGCCACGCGAUGUAUGAUGGUGGUUUCCAAAAUGGUGGCGCAUCGCAGCAGCAGUUCAUGUACUAUUAAUUCCAGGGAGCUCAUCUUUAUAAUCCGUGACCCGGUUUUAUGUUUAGCCUACGUUCUUUACGUCUGUAUACUAGUUGUGACCGUGCGUGGGUGUUAGCUGUUCGGAUGGACUAGUUAAUGUCUUCCAAAAUGGCAAAUGGAAGGAGUACAUGAAUGUGGAAGGAUAUAGCCGACUGGUUAAAUUGUACUCUUUUGUUAUUUUCUCUUUGAUGGGUCACCUUUUUUUUCUUGUAAUAACAUGAUCUUGUAAGCUAGUAUGAACAUUACUCUAUCCUACAUCAUUUAUUCUC